AUGAUUGUGAAUAAAUUAGUAAUGAAGCACCUCACACCUCGAGCUGAUUUUGUAACUUCCUCAGUAUUACUGUGGUUCAAACAUAAUAUUAGAAAAAACUUGGAUAUUAAGAAAUUUACUGCACCAAAAAUAGUUUAUCGAUUUGAAUGCAAUUUUUGCCCAUUUAAAACACUUCAUAGAUCAUCACUAAAAUUCCACAUUUGUUGCAAACACACUCCACUUGAAGAAAUCAAAUGGUUUCAAUGUGAACAAUGCGAUUUUAAAACCAAACGAAAAUCAUCACUUUCAGAACACAUCAAACGUAAGCACACAAUCAUUGAAGAAUCACAAUCGAAAUGUGUUCGUUGUGAUUUGUGCAAUUAUACAACAAGUCGGGAAGAGAAUUUAAAAAGACACAAAAAUUACAACCAUUUGGCACCCCAAGACACAAUUUUAUAUGAAUGUACGCAAUGUGUAUUCAGAACAAAGCAUCGGGGCGACUUGAAGCGCCACCAUAUAAGACAUCACACGGCCUUAGAUGCUAUAAAAUGGCACAACUGUAAGCUCUGCACCUACCGGUCGAAAACCGCAUCAGAUUUGAGGUCACACAUUCGAUUACGACACGAGGAUUUGAAACAAAGAAUGAGAUUUUCUUGCGAUUUUUGUCCUUACAAAACCGGGCAAAAUCUUUCUUUGAAAAGACACGUUACUAGACGGCACACUGCACUUGAGGAAGUCCAGUGGUUCGAAUGUGACCAAUGCAACUACAGGGGAAAUGCCAGUCAACACAAAAAAAUGCAACAUUCUGACAGCAGUAUUAAGACAGUGUCGUGCAAUUAUUGCUGUUUUAGGACCACCGUCGAGGAUGAAUUGGAGAAACAUAUCGCAAAAGGACACUCUUUAAGGAAAUUACACGAAUGUCCACAGUGUUUUUACACAACGAAACGUAAAACUUUACUGAAUCGGCAUCUUGUAACGCAGCAUGCUGAUGCUGAACAAAUCAAGUGUUUCAAAUGCAAUGAAUGUGAUUACCAGGGGAAACUUAAAACUUAUUUGAUGAGACAUAUUAAGUUGGUUCAUAAAAGUGAGGAGACUAAUAAGUUAUUCAAUUGUGAUUUGUGCGAGUAUAGGAGCAAGAGAAAAGAGAAUCUAAAGAGACACAAGAUUAGUAUGCAUUCCACAAUACCAAAAAUUAUAUAA